AUGCCUUUGAUAAAUGCAACAAGACAUCCUCAGUGUGACAUCAAAUAUCUGCCAGUGUCAUACACUGAUAUGGAAACUACUCAAACUACAGUGGUUUUAAUUAAUGAGGAAGAAGGCUACUCACUAAUUAACCCAAAGGUCGUGGAGUUUUUAAUGACUUUUAAUCUUCUAAUUUGUGCCGAGGUGAUCGGGCUGCUGGGCAUUUUAGCGAACUUCAUCACCAUCAGCGUGUUCGCUAAACAAGGCUACGACGACAGUGUGAACAUCACGCUAACAGCGCUGGCUGUCAGCGACAUCGGGUCACUGGUCACGCUACAGAUCUACAACGUGCUGAUGAGUCCCUGGUUGAGCCAGCUAGAUCUGCCGUUCGUCCAGGUAGAUUUGGUUUCCCUUGCGUCAUUCUACCCCCACAACUACUUCGUGCGGGUUGGAGGAUUCAUCACGGCAUUCGCGUCCUUUGAGAGAUGCCUGUGUGUUCUGAUUCCUCUCAAAGUUAAACGCGUCAUCACGAAAAAAGUCUCCGUCUACGUCAAUCUUCUAAUUUUCCUGAUAAUGCUUCUAGACUUAGUCCCUGCUUACUACGUCGUUUACCUAGAUUGGAUCUACGUCCCCGAAUUAAACAGAACCUUACUCAUGGCUGCUUUUCACGAAGAUCCAAACGUAGUAUUUGAUUACUCUUACAUCGUUACAGACUUAUUCAUUCCUUACAUUACCUUCGGCAUCAUCAUCGUCUGCACGUGUGUUGUUGUCGUUAAACUAAAGUCCCGAGCGAUGUGGCGGAGUUCCGUCUCUGUAGUCAAAGACAAGACGAUCCCAGGCAAGGAGAAGAAGCUGGUCCUGAUGCUGGUGGUCGUGUCCGUCAUCUUCACCGUCUGCCUCAUGCCGCAGUCGGCCAUCUUGACGGCCGUGGGGCUGGUGGAUGAGUUGGGUGUACGGGGCCGUAAUUUUGACGUGGCGUUGGUCUGUUAUUCUAUCGCCUACCUGUUUGAAUCGGUCAGUUCGAGCAUAAACCUGAUCGUGUAUUACCGCAUGAGUACUAAGUUCAGGUACACAUUGUUUGAUAUUUUCAAACGGCCUCACAAAUAA